AUGUCCUCGGCGCAGCGAGAGGAAUUCGUGAUCACGUUGGAUGAACCGGGACCUGUGCCUGUGUUCCGCAUGGCGCAGCUUUCAUCCCUCGGAGACGAUGCUUACGAAAAAGUCGCGCAGCAGGUGGUUAUUUACAUUGUGGCGUCUUUUCUUUCGAAAGGCACCGUGUCGCUGAGCAAAACGGAAUUGACCGACUUGCGGCUAGAUGAAGGAAUCGUGCGGAGCACUCUAUCAUUUCGGCGGGAUCCGGAGAGUGAAGAUGCAGACGAAAUGGACGUCACUGUGCCCAUCGAGAAAGUCCAUCUCCUUUCUGGGAGCGUGGGCCCAGAGCAGUGGCUGGCCACGUUGCGAAAUUCUCUCAACGGUGCUGUCAGCCUGACCCUUUCUAACGAAACAAAAAUACUCGCCUUCAACAAAGCGAGGAUCAACCACGCUUUCACUAUGCUCGAAGAUCUGCCGAUCGACGCGGCUCUAAAUGUGACGGGCUGGAUGUUUGCUUACAUCUACGGGUGGGCGAUGGGCUCCCGUUUCGACGACUUCAAUUCUGCGCACAGGGACGCCGAAAAGCUGACGACCAAGACUCUGUGCUUUCUAGCUGUGCAUGAAAUGCACGGCCUGGCUGUUGUAGCUGGUUACAUUUCCGAACUUUUCAGCAAAUCACAACGUGAUGGCGUCACGCAGGUCUUCAGUUCUAUUACUGACGCUUUACUUGCUACCAUCAAAAACACAAACAGUCUCACUUCGACGACAAAGUUUAGGGCAGAGGCCAAAAUUGUAGAUGAGCUAAGCAUUCACCUUUGGCCUCCUGAACCCUUCUUCCGCAAGGACGUGCUGAACGACAUUUACACAGCAUUUCCCGGAGAAGACAAGUCGUUAUUUUGGCUGCGGCUUCAAACGAUGAAAGUGCUCCAGGAGUCAAGGACCAACCGCUACUACGACAGUCUCAUGACAAGGCGCGUCCGGUGGUACACUCGCAGCGUUCGCUACCUGUACAGCCGCAACUCUCUGGAACUCGGAGUGUGGGCCCUCCUGGCACCUUACUAUAUGAGGCAUGGCUCCCUUCUCAUGGCGUUCAGCGGUCUCGGUUUCGAGAUGGCCCGCAGUCUCGUUCGCGCAUUUGACGAGCGUGGCAGGAUGCUCGACGGAUACGGUCAGCCAGAUAUGAGGUGGGGACAGAAGCUCAAGUGCUCGCUGAACGACGCGAACAGCCGACGUGAGAAGCGCGCACUCGCAGACCUGUUCGCCCUGAACGUGACUUUGCGGGCGUUCGCCGACACCGCCAAGGGUGUGCACAGCUCUCCCAAGCUUCGAUUCCUCGAGUCGCUGAGUGAAGAGCAAACGUUUUUCGUGAGUUUCUGCAGCCAUUUCUGCGGAGACAAAGACCGUGCAGAACUCUGCGACCUGGCCACAAGGACUGCGCAAUUUCGCAAGGCAUUCCGCUGCGAAGAUCAGAAGGAAAGCAAGAGAGAGUGCGAGUUCCUCUGA